AAGUCGAAUAAAACAAUAUAAACGAAUAUCCUUUUUGGUUUAACCUUUUCUUCUAUUGUCUUCUCUCUUCUCAAUCAUUUGAGAGAUACUGACUCCCUCCAAAACGAAGUCGCUGAAGCCCAAUCGGAGAGUUACGGUCGCCGUUUAUACGCCGCUUAACUUUCAUAAUCGGAGCUCCGACAUCCACUGUUCACAAGAUAAUGGAGCGAAAAAAGUGGCUAGUUUUGGUGAUUUUUACAUGUUUAAUUGCAUCUUCUAGCUGUAGAGACUUGCAGGUCAAAGACAACCAUAAACACGCCAUCUACAAUCAUUCUCUUGCGACCAUUUUGGUGGAAUAUGCUUCCGCGGUGUACAUUUCAGAUUUGACGGAACUUUUUACUUGGACAUGUGAACGAUGUAAUGGUUUGACCAAGGGAUUUGAAGUUAUCGAGCUAGUCGUUGAUGUUGAGAAAUGUUUACAGGCAUUUGUCGGAGUGGCGAAGGAUCUUAAUGCCAUUGUUAUUGCCUUCAGAGGAACGCAAGAACACAGCAUACAAAAUUGGAUUGAAGACUUGUUCUGGAAACAGCUUGAUUUAAAUUACCCUGGCAUGCCUGAUGCUAUGGUGCACCAUGGAUUUUAUACUGCUUAUCAUAACACAACCAUUCGCCAUGGAAUUCUCCAUGCUGUCAAAGAAGCAAGAGAGUUUUAUGGGGAGCUUGACAUCAUGGUUACAGGUCAUUCGAUGGGAGGGGCUAUGGCUUCCUUUUGUGCACUUGAUCUAACGGUUAAUCAUGAAGCCAAUAAUGUUCAAGUUAUGACAUUUGGACAACCUCGUAUAGGGAAUGCUGCCUUUGCUUCUUAUUAUGCCAAGCUUGUGCCGAAUACUAUUAGAGUGACAAAUGACCAUGAUAUUGUGCCUCAUCUGCCACCAUACUAUACUUAUUUCCCUCAUAAGACAUACCAUCACUUCCCUAGAGAGGUAUGGCUGUAUAACCUUGGAUUUGGAAGUCUGGUUUAUAGAGUUGAGAAGGUCUGUGAUAAUUCCGGUGAAGAUCCAACGUGUAGUAGUUCAGUGUCAGGUAACAGCAUCGUGGACCAUUUGAGUUAUUACGGUGUUGAUUUAAUGUGCCGAGAAUGGAUAUCAUGCAGAAUCGUGAUGGAUCCUCAGGUUGCGGAGUAUGGCAAAACAGAUCUCAAAGGAAAUUUCAUUUUGUCCAGAGCUCCGGCCACGCGUGUUAACAUCCGGUCAACUGAAGGGGAAGGUAAAGCCAGUGCAUAAAUUUAUCAGUUCAUGGUUUUUCCUGGACGAUGACCGGCGCUGGUACCACGGUUCAGCCUAGUCUUAAACAUUCUAACAUUCAAGCAA